AUGGCGGCUCCUUCUUUUGCCUCUUCUCAAUGGAUUUAUGAUGUGUUUCUCAGUUUUAGAGGAGAAGACACCCGCUUAGGCUUAGCUGCUCAUCUCUAUGAGGCCUUGUGCAGGAGAGGAGUCAACACUUUCUUUGAUGACUACGAGAUUAGGAGAGGUGAAUCCAUAUCUCCUACACUUGUAAAAGCAAUUGAAGGAUCAAGGUGUUCUAUCAUAAUUCUCUCUCAAAACUAUGUGAGUUCAACUUGGUGCUUAGAGGAGCUUGUCAAGAUACUAGAAUGCAGGAAUACCAUGGGACAACUGGUUCUGCCCAUUUUCUACAAUGUGGAUCCAUCAGUUGUGCGAAAACAUGAAAGGACCUUUGGAGAGGCCUUGGUUAAGCAUGAAAAGACUUUGAAGCAGGAUAUGAAUAAGGUGAAGAAUUGGAUCAAGGCCCUUAGUGAAGUUGCCAAUUUAGCGGGCUGGAAUUCACACAAGAAGCCUGAGCCUAAGUUUAUCAGGGAAAUAGUCAUUGAAGUUUUGAAAAAGCUCUUCGGAUUAUCCCCAGGUGAUGCUAAGUGCCUGGUAGAGGAAGAUUCUCCUAUACAAAAUACGGAAGUGGUACCAAGUCCACACUCAAGCACUCUUCACAUUGCCCCAGGACAUUUUGACUACACUGAAGUUGAUGACAUUAUUUCCCAACUUGUUUCGGAGAUGUUGGAUUCAUUUUAUAUCUGA